AUUCUACGUUGCCACAACAUUCGCAACAAUCAGAGCACAGUUUUACUGUGUCUCUUAAGACACAAAAGAGAGACACAAAAGCAACAGUUACAUUAGUAACAUGUCUGUCUCUGUGUCUCUUCUUCGUAUGUCUUCUCCUUCUCACCUUUCAACCUCUCUUUCCCUUCCAAUUCCACCACUCUCCCAACCUCACCCUUCUUUCCUUUAUCAUCUUCCUUCCAAAUUACCAAAUGCCCACUUUGGUUUUUGCCGCAGAGAUUCUUCCAUGCGAGGUGGGCUUUUCAAAGUCUGUUCCUUUUCCACCCUUGGAGUCCAUGAAUUUGACAGUGGCAGUGAAGAUGAUGAUGAACAAAUGAAGGCUAGUUAUGAGGAUCAAAUAGAGGAAGAAGAGGAGGGGGCUAUUAGCUCCGUAGUUUUUCCUGAAAGAUGGGAUGUAUUGGGUCUUGGUCAAGCCAUGGUAGACUUCUCUGGCACAGUAGAUGAUGAGUUCCUGAAGAAUUUGGGAUUGGAGAAGGGAACACGGAAACUUGUAAACCAUGAGGAAAGAGGUAGAGUUUUGCAGGCUAUGGAUGGCUGCAGCUAUAAAGCUGCGGCUGGUGGAUCUCUUUCUAAUAGCUUAGUUGCUCUGGCAAGGCUUGGAGCUUCCUCCAUAAAUGUUGCAAUGGCUGGCAGUGUUGGGAGUGAUCUAUUGGGUGGCUUCUACAGGGAAAAAUUACGUCGAGCAAAUGUGCAAUUUCUUUCUCCGCCUCUCAAGGAUGGGACGACUGGAACUGUUAUAGUUCUCACGACCCCAGAUGCCCAACGCACAAUGCUUGCAUAUCAGGGCACAUCUUCAACUGUUAACUAUGAUACAUCAUUGGCUAGUGCAGUUUCCAAGACUAACAUACUAGUUGUUGAAGGGUAUCUAUUCGAACUUCCUGAUACUAUUAAAACAAUAUCAAAAGCAUGUGAGGAAGCUCGGAGAAAUGGUGCCUUGAUUGCAAUAACAGCUUCAGAUGUGUCCUGCAUUGAGAGACACUUCGAUGAUUUCUGGGAAAUUGUUGAGAAUUAUGCGGAUAUAGUCUUUGCAAACGAUGAUGAGGCCAGAGCUCUUUGUAAUUUUGAAGGAAAGGAAAGCUCAGAUUUAACUACAAGGUAUCUGAGUCACUUUGUUCCUCUAGUAUCCGUUACUGAUGGUCGUAGAGGCUCAUACAUAGGUGUAAAAGGUGAAGCUAUAUAUAUCCCUCCUUCUCCAUGCGUUCCAGUAGAUACUUGUGGUGCUGGUGAUGCAUAUGCGUCUGGCAUGCUUUAUGGUGUUUUGAGUGGCAUAUCAGAUUUGAGAAGUAUGGGCACUAUGGCAGCUAAGGUUGCAGCCACUGUUGUUGGCCAACAGGGAACGAGGCUUAGAGUUUCAGAUGCACUCAAAUUAGCUGAAUCUUUCACGUUUCAGCAUGAUAAGUCCACUAUUGGAUCCGAUAGUUGGUGCUGAUCAUAUUUCCAGUGUCUAAUCAAGUGGCACUUUGCAUUGAAUUCUGUAAUUCUUUUAUUAGAUGAAUGUAUUACUUUGUUUUAUAUGUUUCGAGGUCCUGUACAUAUUUUCAAUUUAAAAAAAUAGCUAUGCUUGCAAUUGAAUUACUUGUCUUCCAUCAGCAUUACUGUUAUCUUCUAUCAAAACAUCUAUGCAUAAUAUAAA